GUCGCGCCUUGCGGUUCCAGCCGCGGCCGCAGGCAUGGCGCUCUUCUAUGUAGCGCGGUACGCGGGGCCCGAGGCGGCCGGGGCGGAGGCGGAGGCGGAGGCGGACGGCCGGGCCCGCGCGCUGCUGGAGCGGCUGCAGUGCCGGGCCCGAGAGCGGCAGCGGCAGCAGCAGUCGCGGCCGCAGGAGCCCGAGGAGGCCGCGCAGACCGAGGGCGCGGCGAGCAGGCGGCGGCGGCGGCGGCCGCGGAGGUGCAAGGGCGGCGGGGCGCCCGGGAGCCCGCAGGCCCCGCGCAGCAAGCGGCGGAGAGAGGCGGGCGAGGAGGCCGGCGCAGAGAGCAGCGAGGAGGCGCCGCGGGAGGGCAGCGUGGACGCCGAGGCCGCGGGGCCGCCGGGGACCCCAGGAGAACAGCCCUCCGGCGAGGCCCGUGGGCCCCCCGCCCACGCUCUGCUGCUCGGGGGCUUCGGGAGGAGCAGGGCGCCCAAGGUCCAGCCUUUCCUGCCGACGUGGCUGGCCCAGCCGAGCUGUGUCGGGAGGAACGUCACUGAAGACCUGGUGCCUAUCGAGGACGUCCCGGAAGUCCACCCUGACCUGCAGAGGAAGCUGCGCGCCCACGGCAUCUCGUCCUACUUCCCAGUCCAGGCGGCGGUCAUUCCUGCUCUCCUAGAGAGUGCGGCCCAAGGGUUCCUCGUGGCCAGAGGCGGCUACCAGCCCAGGGACCUCUGUGUUUCUGCCCCGACGGGCAGUGGGAAGACCCUGGCCUUUGUCAUCCCCGUGGUGCAGGCCCUGCUGCAGCGAGCUGUGUGCCAGGUUCGCGCCCUGGUUGUGUUGCCCACUAAGGAGCUGGCCCAGCAGGUGAGCAAAGUAUUCAACGUCUACACCGAUGCCACGCCUUUGCGCGUCGCCCUGGUCACCGGGCAGAAGUCGCUGGCCAAGGAGCAGGAGGGCCUCGUCCAGAAGACCAGGGUGGACGGCUUCCGCUGCCUGGCUGACAUUGUGGUGGCCACUCCCGGCCGCCUGGUGGACCACGUGGACCAGACCCCGGGGUUUAGCCUCCAGCACCUCCGCUUCCUGGUAGGCUGCCCACCCACCCAGGGGAGGCCCGGGCCGGCUGACGCCAGCUUCACCCACCGGAGCCCGGCCUCCUCGCCUGCAGGUCAUCGACGAGGCCGACCGGAUGAUCGACAGCAUGCACCAGUCUUGGCUCCCCCGGGUGGUGGCGGCGGCCUUCCCUGGGGAGGGUGCCAAGGACCCCUUCGCUCUGCUCCAGAGACGGCAGCCCCAGGUCGUGACUGCUGCCAGGUACUGGUCCCCAGCUCGGCCCUGCCCUGCCCUGGGGGAGCGCCCGGUCCGGUCUGUCUGGGUCAGGAGGGCGGGCGGCCAGGCCCAGGCUCGCCCCAGCGUCUGUGCCCUUCCAGCACCUGCUGCCCUCAGAUGCCUCUGCAGAAGCUGCUCUUCUCGGCCACACUGACCCAGAACCCCGAGAAGCUGCAGCAGCUGGGCCUACACCAGCCCUGGCUCUUCUCCACGCGGCCAGCGCGCGGGGGUCCCGGGGACGCCGAUGAGGACGCGGACUCGGGUGGGAAGUACACCUUCCCUGCGGGGCUCUCGCACCACUAUGUGCCCUGCCGCCUGCGCGCCAAGCCCUUGGUCGUCCUGCACCUGAUCCUGCACCUGGGCUUCUCCAGGAUCCUCUGCUUCACCAACUCCCGGGAGAACUCCCACAGGCUCUUCCUGCUCGUCCAGGCGUUCGGGGGCGUGACGGUGGCCGAGUUCUCCUCCCGCUACGGGCCCGGCCAGAGGAAGGGGAUCCUGAAGCAGUUUGAACAGGGAAAGAUUCAGCUCCUCAUCAGCACAGACGCCACCGCCCGUGGCAUCGAUGUGCAGGGGGUGCAGCUGGUGGUGAACUACGAUGCCCCCCAGUACCUGCGGACCUAUGUGCACCGGGUGGGAAGAACUGCUCGUGCUGGGAACACUGGACAGGCCUUCACGCUGCUCCUCAAAGUGCAGGAAAGGAGGUUCCUCCGGAUGCUGACUGAAGCCGGGGUCCCCGAGCUGGAGCGGCACGACACCCCCAGCGAGCUCCUGCAGCCGCUGGUCCCACAGUACGAGGAGGCCCUGUCCCAGCUGGAGAGGGCCGUCAAGGAAGAAUGGAGGCAGAAGGCGGCCUAGGCCGGGCCCCGAGGACGAUGGGACGGAGCCUGGGCGGACAGGCCUCCGGGAGGAGCCCCGGCGCACUGCCUGCUCAGCCCACGCCCGGGCGAGGCCCUUCGUCACGGCACCAGGCCUGGCCGGAGGCGGCCGAGCACACGGGUCCGCCUCUGAUCGGUUGCUCCUCUGGGGCUGGAGCGGAUGGUUCGGACGGCCCAGAACCGACAGGUGGCUGAGGUUGGCCCUGAGCCGAGUUUUGGGCUUCAGCUCGUCUACACCUCAGGGUGCUCCCAUCUCGCUGGGAACGUGCCCCCAGCCUUACGUCAGCCCCCACCACGCCGCGUGCAGAGUGACGAGCACGGGAGGCUCUGGUGACUGUGACUGCAAACCGGCUUCUGAGCAGACCCCCUGCUCACGCUGACGCGAAGAGACUGAAGAAGGGACGCGCUGGUGUCUGCCUCUGCGCCAAAGUUCAUCAUUCACUCGAGCAAAACAGCUGGUCCCAGGCUCGCGGUAGACACGGGGCAGGGACGGGGCAGGAGGCAGAGGCACUGAGGGGCCCUCCGCAGAGGCCGUCCGAGUGCUGGCACUUGUCCUGAGCCAGCUCACUCGCCUCGCGGUCCCGCCCACACCACCCCUGGCACACCAGGCCCGGGCACAGGGCCGAUGGAUGGAGCCGCCGAGCGUGGAGCCGGCUCGCUCAUGCCCUGGCAUCUGGAAUGCAGGCCCCUGCAGCCAUCACGCCGCCUCCCUCCGCGGGGGCCUUGAGCCUGGUGGGGGCCUGCGUCUGAAUUGAGGCUGCUGGUUCGGGGCCUGGCCUGCCCGGAACCCAGUGUGUGGGGAGGUGGUCGUGGCUGCUGCUGCGCUGCCUUCUGUGGGGCCGCGGGAAGCACCUGAGCCUGAACGUGGGGGACCCUCUUGCAGGACGACGCUGCUCUCAAGGUCUGAGGAAGGUUUCCCUCUGAUUUCCUGAACAUUCUUACUCGUGAACAGAGCUUUGGCUUUGCCUUUGUAACCAAAGGCCUAUUAAAGUGAUUUCCCCGACAAAAAAAAUGCGCCCCAAUACGAAGUUAAGAAGUGCUGGGAGCCCUGGCCGGUUUGGCUCAGUGGAUAGAGUGUCGGCCUGUGGACUGAAGGGUUCUGGGUUUGAUUCCAGUCAGGGCACAGGCCCAGGUUGUGGGCUCGAUCCCCAGUAGGGGGCGUGCAGGAGGCAGCCGAUCAGUGAUUCUCAUCAUGGAUGUUUCGAUCCCUCCCUCCCCCUUUCUCACAAAUCAGUAAAAAUAUAUUUUUAAAAAGUGCGGGUGUGAGACCUGUGGCUGUGCUGGAGUCCUCCGCUGCGCAAGGGGGUCGCAGCCCAAGCUUGUUUCCUGUCCCCCCUCAGCCUGCACCCACCACCUGCUGGGGAGCCUCACCAAGCCCUUUGCCAAGUGCCUGAAAGAAACCACCAGCAUCUUCCACUACUUUUCUACGAGACAAGACGAAAAACAUAUGAAAAAGACUUUUAUUAUGCCUGGGGGGGGGGUAUCAGUGCUCUUCAAAACCCUACUGUUCAAGUACAAAUGAUUGUUUACAAAGUAUUUACAUCCUCAGUUUUAAACACAACAACUAUUUGGUUACAACACUUAACAAAAAACCCUAAAGGUCACAAAAGGAACGCAUCUGCACGAGCGGACCAGCUCCUGCUUCCCGGGGCGCUUUGCAAACAGCCCACCUUCACCGGACCCAUCUCCUAGGGAAGCCUGCUCCUGGGGGGCCAGCUCGAGUGGUUAGUCCUGCUGGGUCUGCAUCCGAGAGCCCCCUCGUUAGUGUCGGCAGAAGCCUGGUCCUAGGCAGCACGGGGUCCACCAGCAACGAUGGGGGAGGCCCCAGAACAGCCUGCGAAACCCACUCUAACUCUUCAGUGUGAACUUUGGAAGGAGGGUUUUUACCUCCGUGACCACUGACGAGCAGGUCGGGUGACCUGCGAUGUGACGAACCCGGCAGAACAGGCCAAUCUCCUGUCGCACAUCUCGCAUCCGAGUGGCUGAAGGAAGCGCCUGAGCAAGGCUCUCCCCGCAGAGCAGCUGCGCUCCACCCGGCCGGCAGUCUCCGUCUCUGCUGGCUCUGCCCAGGGCAGCCGAAGUGCGUCACCAUUGCCCCUGAGGGACGGCCAGCACCCUCGGGAGGACGAGAACGCAAACUGCACAACAAAUAAGCCCCAAACACGACCUCUGUGCUGUGGCCUUGCACACGAGGAUGAAGGCAAAGGGCAGGCAGUCCCCCAGUGACAAGGCGGAGCCCUCUCGGCGCCGUCCUGCCCGCCGGCUGGUAGCGAACAGAACCCACAGGCCUGGCUGACGGUCCUGUUUCCAUAAGUUCAGCUCACUGAAAUGUUAAAUAAAUACCUUCCCUUUUCAA